GCCCGUCCGCCUCACACUGAGAUAGAGAUCCGCUGUCCCUCCCUCCCUCCCGCACACACUCACACACUCACACACCCUCUCACACACACAUACACACUGACACUGACACCGACACACACCCACACGGAGCGGGACUGCACGGAGCUGUGUGCCCGGACAGGAGGACUGAUGACCGGCAGACGAUGGGACGUCACGUGUCUCUGAACAAACUGUGUUAACUGAAGGAAACUGAAGCGUCUCUGACAGCCGGAAACACGACGAGUUAACCAAUCAGACUCCUGAAGCUAAACAGACAGGUAGCUGAAGGGGUCAGAGGUCAUCAUGCAGAGUAUAAAGUGUGUGGUUGUGGGUGAUGGAGCUGUGGGGAAGACCUGCCUCCUCAUCUCCUACACCACCGGAGCUUUUCCCAAAGAGUACAUCCCCACUGUGUUCGACAACUACAGCAGCCAGGUGACGGUGGACGGCAGGAUGGUCAGUCUGAACCUGUGGGACACGGCGGGUCAAGAGGAGUACGACCGGCUGAGGACGCUGUCCUACCCGCAGACCAACAUCUUCAUCAUCUGCUUCUCCAUCUCAAGCCCCGCCUCCUACGAGAACGUCAAACACAAGUGGCAUCCUGAGGUGUCUCACCAUUGUCCCGGCGUUCCCAUCCUCCUGGUCGGUACUAAGAGCGACCUCCGGAACGACGGCGAGACUCAGAGGAAGCUGAAGGAGCAGAACCAGACGCCCGUCACCCAUCAGCAGGGCGCCGCCCUCGCCCGCCAGAUCCACGCCGUCCGUUACCUGGAGUGUUCGGCGCUCAACCAGGACGGCAUAAAGGACGUGUUUGUCGAGGCUGUGAGGUCCUUCCUCAACCCGCAGCCCACCGUCAGUAAGAGGCCCUGCGUGCUGCUGUAGGACCGAGCUGGCCAGAAACACUGAGUGGGCUGAUAUGUGCCUGAGAGACUGUUUGUUAAAAUGUGUUAAUUUUUAAAUGUGUUUGGUUAGAAUUUUAUCUUGAGUAAGAAAAUGUAACUCAGAUGUUCAUGUUGAUAAGGAUGUUUUGGGGGUUUUUGGUCCGACUCACAUCAAGCUUUAAAUGAAACCAACCUCACCUUCUCUGAUGUGACUCAAUGUUUUAAAGAUUAAAAGUUAAAUGUCCACAAAACUUUUCUGUCCUCACUGAAACUCCAGUUCAGUCUCUUCUUUGUCCUCUUUUACUCCUUUUAUGUGUUAAUGUGUAGACGACACCAGGGAUUUGAUGAAGGUUGUUUUUUCCCGCUCAAAACUUCAGUGUGCUCUCCUGCUCAACACAACUGGACAAAUUUUAAAUAAAAGAACAAGUUUAAUAACUUAGAAUGAAAGUUAAACACAUAUUUACUCCUUAUGGAAUAAAGUCUACAUUGUUUCUUAAAGUAAAAUUGGACAGAGACUCUCAUGCAGCAGCUGUUAGCCGGUUAGCAUCGUAAUCCUCAUUGAACGUUUCAGCACCGCACCACUAAUGUUUUGUGUUUACAAAAUUAUAAAAUAUCAGAACAGAAGCUUUGCUAGUUCAAUAUUUCUUCAUCCAAAACACAGAGUGAGACUCAUUUGGUCCAGUUUGCCAUGAUGUGGCCUCUAGGGUUAGCUGUUAGCUCGCCAGCUAGCCCUGCGAGUGUCAUUACGUCACCAAGCUUUCAGACUGUACUGCUGACUGUGUGUUCAGACAAAAGGCAAAGUGAAUUUUAGAGAACUGGAGUGUGAGCAGCUGGUUCCUGAAGUGUUUUCCCAUUUCUAAUCGAUCAUUUCUAAUUGCUUUAAUCGAUUUUACUGUCACUGAACACAGAAACUCAGGACUCUCCUGAUAAUAUAACGAUCCGACAGGUUUAUAUUCCGGCACCAGUUCACAUUAUUUACACUUUGUUCAUUGCGUUUUGUCCAUGACUUUAGCUGACAACUUAAGAAUACUACAAUACCCAUGAGCCUCGGCUGCUGUUGCUAUGGAGAAGAAGCAGAUUAAAGCAUUGUAAACAAAACAUGUCGCCAUGGUUACUGGAUUCACUCAAAAUGACCCAGAAACUAAAAGUGAACUGAUUUAAUCGGCAGAUUGUAAUU